AUACGUCAACUGCAAUCACAGUUGCAUCUCCAACAUGGCGUCGCUGGGAAGGAGGCGCGGUGUCCCAGUAAGCAGGGAGAGGGGAGUGAUGGCAGCUACAGACUGCUACAUCGUGCACGAGAUCUACAAUGGAGAGAAUGCACAGGACCAGUUUGAGUAUGAGCUGGAGCAAGCACUGGAGGCCCAGUAUAAAUACAUUGUUAUAGAGCCCACACGCAUCGGAGAUGAGACAGCGCGUUGGAUUACAGUUGGCAACUGCCUGCACAAGACGGCUGUAUUGUCAGGUGCUGCUUGCCUCUUGACGCCUCUUUCACUGCCCAUUGAAUACUCACGCUAUGUGGCGUUGCCUGCUGGCGCCCUUAGUGUGGCCUGUUCUGCCCUGUAUGGGAUUUCUUGGCAGUUUGACCCCUGCUGCAAGUACCAGGUGGAAUACGACAGCCAAAAACUCUCACGGCUGCCCCUGCAUACACUCACCUCCUCGACGCCCGUGGUGUUGGUACGCAGGGAUGACGUCCACAGAAAGAGACUCCAUAAUACGAUAGCACUGGCUGCCCUGGCAUAUUGUGCCAAGAAGAUCUAUGAACUCUAUGCUGUAUGAGUGCACUCUGAAGAGGAUCUGAGAACCAACCGAAAAAGGAAAAAGUAAACAAAAAAAAAACAGAACCUCCACCCCAGAUGUAAGAAAAGUGGAAGUCACAAUCAGGCCCAGCAGUUAACUCUGCACAUGUGGUGGUGCUUCCAUAUUGAACUUUGAUCAGAGGGAUAUAGUUAAAACUAGAAGGAAUUGUUUUUCUCUUACAUUUCCUUUUACUUCUAUGUGACACCAGUACAUUUGUCUCUGUAAGAACCUUGCGCCUCCUUCCCUGUGACCUCCCCCUGCACCCUUGACACACUCAUUUGUGCACAAGGGUAUGGCAGCAGUUCCAUUGGACUGAGUUGUGUCGCAGUUCAGAUGUGUUUUGAGUACCAAGCUUUUUCCUCCUUUCCCUCGUAGUUUUACUGUACCCUUUUCUUGCUGAUCAGUACAUUAUCCUUUCAUUAAACAUAAGGACAUUUCAAACUCACUUUUCUGUUUUUUAUUUUACUUUUUUCAUUAAAUGGAUUGUACUUGAUGUCCAGAAAAGAGCAUACAGCUACAACAUGCUUGAGAUUGUCUGGUCCAUGUAGAUUUUCUUGUUUGAAUGCACACAAGCAAAAGCUUGUUUGACAAUGAUCAGGAAAGUUUUGAAAGCCACAUUUAACACCCACACACACGUCUGAGAAUUUACAGUAUGUUCCAAAAUGUAUAAAAGAAACUAUGAGAGUACAGUUAAGAACUACGCAGCAGGUCUAAAGUCAUACUAAUUUUAAUUUGUUUAUCCAGUGAUUGCAAGUUGCUGUCCACUUUUUUUUUUGUGAAUGAAUACUAAUCAUCAAUGGAUGAAGUGAAGGACAAGUUGUGUUAUAAUCUGACUUGAAACAAUUAAAUAAUAAAGAGGAUUUUAAGUGUGAA